UGGAGUGGAGCCUGGAUGUGUGCCUUUCUGUCUCACUUUGCUGUUCCCAUCCGGGUUCUGGGUCUCAGGGCCGGGACUCAGGUGCCAGCUGCACCCUUGCCUGGGCGUUGCCCGGGAACCGCGCCGCCGCAGUGCAGCUCGGACCCCGCGCGAGCACCCGCGGUACUCUCUCCCUGCUCGUACGCGUUUGCGGCUCAGGCCGUGGGCUCCAGCACCGCCUGCGGCACCCAGGCUGCGCCAUGGGGAAUCUACCAUCUGCUGCGAAGCACUGCCUCAGCUACCAACAGCUUCUCCGCGAGCAUCUGUGGAGCGGAGAGUCAGUGGCAGGGGCGCUGGACCCCGCGCAGGAAGUACCCCACUUAUCUGGACUCCCUGAAUAUGUGAAAAUAGUAGAAGUUGGGCCUAGGGAUGGAUUGCAGAAUGAAAAGGUUAUAGUGCCUACAGAUAUAAAAAUUGAAUUCAUCAAUCAACUUUCCCAAACUGGCUUGUCUGUAAUAGAAGUUACCAGUUUCGUGUCCUCCAGAUGGGUACCACAGAUGGCUGAUCACACUGAAGUGAUGAGAGGCAUUCAUCGGUACCCAGGAGUUCGCUAUCCUGUCCUUAUACCUAAUCUUCAGGGUUUUCACCAUGCUGUUGCUGCUGGGGCCACCGAGAUAGCAGUUUUUGGUGCUGCUUCUGAAUCUUUCAGCAAGAAGAAUAUUAACUGCUCCAUUGAAGAAAGUAUGGGAAGGUUCGAGGAGGUUAUCAGCUCUGCAAGGCACAUGGACAUCCCAGUACGAGGGUAUGUGUCUUGUGCCCUGGGCUGUCCAUAUGAAGGAAGCAUUGCACCACAGAAAGUCGCAGAAGUCUCAAAGAGGUUGUACGGCAUGGGCUGCUAUGAGAUCUCUUUGGGAGACACGAUUGGAGUGGGCACCCCAGGCAGCAUGAAGAUGAUGCUGGAAAGUGUCAUGAAGGAAAUCCCUCCAGGGGCUCUUGCUGUUCAUUGCCACGACACAUACGGACAAGCCCUCGCAAAUAUCCUAACAGCUCUUCAGAUGGGAGUUAAUGUGGUGGACUCUGCUGUAUCUGGGCUAGGUGGCUGUCCUUAUGCAGAAGGUGCUUCUGGGAAUGUAGCCACUGAGGACUUGAUAUAUAUGCUUAAUGGCAUAGGACUCGAUACAGGUGUGAAUCUCUACAAGGUGAUGGAAGCUGGCGACUUUAUCUGCAAGGCAGUGAAUAAAACCACAAACUCCAAAGUCUCACAAGCCACCUUCAAAGCUCGACUUGAAUGACUGUAGGAUUUGAGAGUUAAAAGAUUCAUUUCAGUCCCAAUUCAUCACAGAAUCAUUAAUGCCAGCCCAUUCUGAAGUGGAGGUUAAUUUAAAAAAAAAAAAAAGACACACACUGAGACAAUGGGGAUGUUCUAUCAGGAACUCACCAAGGCCAGCUGGCCUGGGUCUGAAAAAGCAUGGGAUAAAACCAGACUUGCUGAACAUAACGGACAAUGAGGACUGCUGAGAACUCAAGAACAAUGGCAAUGGGUUUUUGAUCCUACUGCACGUACUGGCUUUGUGGGAGCCUAGGCAGUUUGGAUGCUCACCUUACUAGACCUGGAUGGAGGUGGGUGGUCCUUGGACUUCCCACAGGGCAGGGAACCUGGAUUACUCUUAGGGAUG